AUCAUUGCUACCAAUGCAAGUGAAUGCAACGAGUAUCGCUGUCAGCUAAUUGUAUUUAUCAGUGCAUGUACAUACAUAUUAUAAAUUUGUAUGCUCUUACAAGUUAAUCGAAUGACUAAACAGAUGUAAUUCGAUCGAAGAAUGAUGUGAAUGUAUAUUUAUAAUUUAUCAUGCAAAAAUUAAGGUUAACGGUUGUGGUUUAUGACAUUUUUGUGGGCAUGUGUAUAUACGAUAAAGUAUAUAUAAUUUAAGUACACUUAUUAAUAAUAUAUAUUUAAUCUGAUUCGAAGAGAGGAGAAGGAAUUAAAAUUUGUGAAAAAGUGAAGAGUUUUAAAUAAAUUAACAAAAUGACAUCAAUGUUUGACCAAUAUGAACAAGCAUCUCAACGAUCAAAACAAAUACAUGCACCUCCAAUUCGUCCAGACAUUAGUACAGCAGGAUUUAUUCAGAUGAAGUUACAAGACGACGGACCGAUUUUUAUAAAACAGAGAGUUAAUUUCCAGCCAUCAGAUAACAUUGUACACUUGGUUGUUAAUAAUAAUAUAACUGUUAUUGCUAUGGCCAAUAACAUGCUCUUGCGUAUUGAUAUGAGAAAUCCUACUAUAGAAGAAAUAAAUAUAUCAAAAUAUGCAGUAAAUAUGAAAAUGUCAGGGAUGUUUCUUGAUCCUUUGGGAAAUCAUUUGCUAAUUGCUUUAGUUCCAAAGAAUCCAAGUCUCAAAGAUAGUACACCACCUGAAUUAUUUUAUUUACAUAAGAAGACUUCAAAAUUGAAACAGGCAGGCAAAUUUAAAGGACACGAAAUCACUGCUGUUGGAUGGAACUUUCAAAAUACUUCUGAAACUACUACGGGUCCAAUACUGUUAGGAACUUCUAAAGGUCUCAUCUUUGAAACAGAAAUUGGUUUAGAUGGUGACAAAAUAUUUAAUACAAGUUUGGAGCAAUAUUGGCGUCAGCUUCCUAACUACCUACCUCUUUAUGGUGCUAAGGAGGUAGAAGGAUUGGUAUUUGAUAUAGGGGAGGCCAGUAAACCACCAAUUACUGGCAUAGAAUUUCAUAAAGUACCAAAUUCAGACAAGUAUAUGAUUAUUGUCACCACUCUUAUGCGUAUUUAUCAAUAUAUUGGAGAAGUGCAGAAUCCGGAAGAAAAACCUUUGUUACAACAAGUUUUUAAUAAGUAUUUAAAUGUGCAAGAGAGUUUUAAUGAAGUGAUAAGUAAUUUAAAUUAUUCAAAAAUGCAAUUCUAUUAUCCUUCAAUGGGAGCUUUACCAAAGUCUUUUGGUUGGUUGACUGAAACUGGUAUAUGGUAUGCACAGAUUGAUCCAACUAUAGAUCCAAAGAAUACGUUGCAAAAUCAACAAAUGAUAACAUGUCCUGAAACAAGUCUUAUAGGAAGCAGUGUUUCGCAAGUAGCAACUCCGCCGCUUUCGUUUGUAUUAACAGAAUUUCAUGCGCUGUUGCUUUAUACUGAUCGUGUUAAAGGCAUAUCACUCUUGAACCAGGAAUUAAUAUUUGAAGAUAUUUAUAACGAUGCUCUUGGCAAACUAGUUAGUAUUACUAAAGAUCAUGUAACUCGUUCUAUAUGGGCUUAUAGUGAACAAGCGGUAUUUAAAUAUAAAGUUAAUAAAGAAGAUAGAAAUGUGUGGCAGAUAUACGUCGAUAAAGGUGAAUUUGAGCUUGCUAUACAAUAUUGUAAAGAUAAUCCAGCACACAAAGAUCAAGUAUUAGUAAAGCAAGCCGAAAUGCUUUUCAGAAACAAAGAAUAUGAAAAAAGUGCUCUCAUCUCUGCAGACACUCAUUCAUCGUUCGAAGAAAUAUCAUUAAAGUUUCUUCAAGAAUGGCAAAUAGAAGCAUUAAAAACUUUUCUCAAAAAGAAACUAGAAGGACUGAAAACGCACGACAAAACGCAAAUAACCAUGAUUGUUGUAUGGGUGGUAGAAUUAUUUAUGAAUCAAAUGGCGAUAUUACGAAGUAGCAAUAAUUCAUAUUUAAAUGAUCCGCAGUAUUUGGAACUUCAGAAACAAUUUGAUAGCUUCCUUGCCAUACCAAAAGUCGAAGAGUGCAUAAUAAGAAAUCGCAGUACCAUAUAUGAUUUAAUGACAAGUCACGGCGACAAGGAAAAUCUUAUCCGUUUAACCAUAAUGCAUUGCAAUUACGAGGAAGUGAUACGUCAGCAUUUAUAUAAAAACAAUUACUUAGAAGCGCUUGAAGUUUUAAAGAGUCAAAACAAUAAGGAUCUCUUUUACCAAUUUUUUGGUAUUCUUUUACAAGAAUUACCGCGUCCUGCGGUAACUGCUUUGAUAUCGCAAGGAUACUCAUUAAAGCCAUCUAAGCUCCUGCCGGCUUUAGUCUCCUGUAAUAGCGAUGAAAAACAUGCGAAAGAAAUAAUCAGGUAUUUGGAGUUUUGUGUAUAUAAAUUAAGCUCUCAAGAACAGGCAAUUCACAAUUUUUUAUUGUCCUUGUAUGCUCGUUAUAAAAAAGAUGAAGUUAUGCGAUUCAUCAGUUCUCAAGGACAAGAUAUUAAUAUGGUACACUAUGAUGUUCAUUAUGCAUUACGUUUGUGUCAAGAAGUUGGUUUAACUGAAGCUUGCGUACAAUUGUCCGCAUUGCUCGGGCUCUGGACAACAGCGGUAGAUUUAGCUUUGACAAUAAGCGUAGAUCUUGCUAAACAAAUAGCAGCCAUGCCUACGGAUCAUGACGAUGAAUUAAGGAAAAAAUUAUGGCUAAAAAUUGCUGAACAUGUGGUUCGAGAAAAAGAUGACAUAGAAGAAGCAAUGAAAUUUUUGCGACAUUGCGAUAUAGUCAGAAUAGAAGAUAUACUACCGUUCUUUUCAGACUUCGUUACCAUAGAUCAUUUCAAAGACGCUAUUUGUAAUUCGUUACAGGAAUAUAAUCAACAUAUCCAAGAUUUGAAAGAAGAAAUGCAAGAAGCGACAAAAGCAGCCGAACUUGUUAGGAAAGACAUACAAGAGUUCAGAACAAGGUGUACCUUUGUAUAUGUAAAGGAUACAUGUAACGCUUGUGAUGUUCAGUUACUAUCGCGACCCUUUUAUGUAUUUCCAUGCGGACAUAGAUUUCAUAGCGAUUGCCUCGUAGCCGCAUUGACUCCUAUGUUGUCGAUGGAUCAGAGAACAAAGCUGGCUGAUCUUCAACGACAACUACUUAUUGCACAAUCAAACAGACCAGAAGAUACUACAUCAGUUGGUUCUGUAUCCUUAUCAAGAAAAAACCGAAUCAAAGCUGACAUCGACGAAUUAGUAGCCUCUGAAUGUUUAUACUGCGGAGAACUCAUGAUAGAGUCUAUAGAUAAACCAUUCAUCGAAGAGGAGGACUAUGAAAGAGUAAUGAAAGAAUGGGCAUAAAUAAUAUACAUCAUUUGUUUGUAAAAUAUUCCAAGAAAUAAUUAUCCAUUUUGUACACUAUAAUUAUGUCUCAAAAUUAUUGUUUGUAACAAAUAGAAUAUGUACCAUACCGUUUUCAACGUGAUAGCUAUUUAUUUUGUAUGUAUUAUUUGUAAAUGCAACAAUAAAAUACUGAAUUAAUUUAAAGCAAUAGAAAA